CCAACGGCAAAAGCUCCUGUAUUAUACAAUAUUUCUACGUGAAACGGGGAAAAGCUGGCGAAAAGGUAUUAGACUACCUGAACCGAACUCAGUCAGUGUUCUGUCGAAGCACCGAACUAAAGACGUUUGUCGGACUCUCAGAUUUGGAGACUGAAGAAUGUUUCUGCUUGUCAUGAUUUAUCUUCAUCCGCUUGACCGGUUUUCACAUCCUGUCUUUCUUCUCUACGUGUGGCGACUCAAGUAAGAAAACCUUCCGAUAGGAAACCUCGCUUCAGCUCCUCCAGCAUGUUUGAACAGAUUUUGGUCAGGGGUGGGUUGGCUUAGCUUCUUCAUGAAGAAUCUACAGUACGAACAUGGCUUGUUCAGUUCAGUGUGCCCAAGAUUAUGUUAGUGAUGCCCGGAUACACCUGAUUGAACAGCUGAAGAACUUGCCUCUUAUUAUUGAAAAACUUUACCAGAAGAAGGUUUUGAACAACACUGAAGUUAGUGACCUUGAGGCCAUACCUGAAAAAUGCAGAAAAAGCAGAAAGAUAUUGGACUGGAUCACGAACAAGGGGAAGGAUGCCUGCUAUGAGUUUCUAAGGAUACUGGAUCUUGAGAGGAAAUCUGUCUUGCCUCCUGAACUACACAUCUGGAUCAGCCACUUCUCCUUUGGGGAGGAGUCAGAUGACCGUAAUGGACCCACCUCAUGUCAUGAGUUUUGGACCCUUUUAAAGACAAAAGCAAAACAAAUUCUAGAUCAGCAAUGGAAACAGAGCAAUCAUUUCUUUGGAGGGAAUGCCAAACAAAAAUUUACUUACAUUCCUCUUGUGUUGGAUACAAACACAGAAAAGAACAAACCACAUAACAAAAUCAUUCACAAAAGCAAGAAAUCUAAGAAACCCCGGGGGAAAAAGCUGAGAUCCUACAUACCUAAGGACACAUGCAGAUAUUCCCCUGAAGAUCUGCUUAAUAGCCAGGAGAAAAGCAUCCUAUUAGUAGGAAAACCUGGAAUUGGGAAGACAACAGCUGUUAAGCAAAUGCUCUAUUUCUGGGCAGAGAGGCAUGAUGAUAACCUUGACUUCAUGUUUUAUUUUGAUAAGAACAUGCUGAUGAAUAUCCCAACCACUUCUAACCUGCAAAGUCUGCUUUUGGAUAGUUUGAUAAUGUCAAAUGCAGAUCUGAGGCAAAAGGCUGAAGAAAUUACUCAGUAUCUUGAAGACUACUCUGAAAAAGUCACUAUUAUUUUUGAUGGGAUCAGUGACUUUCAUGACAACUCCACUUUACUGAGGAUUAUACAUCAUGAACUUCUGCCUGAAGCUAAGAUUUUGGUAACAUGCAGGCCAGAAACAGAGGAUGAUGACUUCUUUGACUGGCCAACAUGCAAAGUAUAUGUGCAAGGCUUCAAUGAAGAGUCCAUUUAUACUUACUUAACCCAAAUGCCAGAUCAGGAUCCAGAAUUGGUCAAUAGUGUGGUAGACAAUCCAGCACUGUUCAGUCUCUGCCACGUCCCAAUGUAUGCUUUCAUGGUGUCAGCCUGCUUUUCCUACUAUACAUCUGAAGGUGCUCAUAAACAAUGCACAGCUACUGAGUUGUAUAUACGAAUUUUUCGUCAUUGCAUUCAGAGGCAUGGAAAGAAGAAACUGGGGCAAUUAGAUGCACAUAUUAAAGGCUGCAAGGACACAAUCUUGCUUUUGGCAGAGAGCGCAUUCAGUGCAACCAAGCUAAAGACUAUCAACCUGGAAUUUGAUUACAGUGACAGUUGCAUUGCUGGUGUUUUUCUGAGAUCAGUGUCAGUUGUGUCACCAGCAUUUGCCAGGACAUUCUGUUCAUUUCUUCACAACACAAUACAGGAGUUCUUCUCUGCCCUGUGGCUUCUGGAAAAACCCCAAAAACUUGAUGAAGUACUCCAGCUUUGUCAGACUGAAGAGAGUAAGCACAUGAAAUAUGUGAUUCCUUUUCUGUGUGGGCUUUUAUCAGAAACCAACAUCCCUCUUCUAAAGUGCCUCUUCCCACCCAACCAGCUGAAAGGAACCUUUGAUGGGUUCUUUGAGAAAGUCUUGAACACAUUUCUACAUGAUGAACCAGAUGAAGAGUAUUCUGUUGAUGCUGUCUUCCUCUGUCAGUGCCUAAAUGAAUUUCAGUCCUCUGAAGCUUGUCUCCGGUUCCUGGAGAGAGUAGACUAUAGUUUAGAUUUGAGUGAAGAACAUCUUGACCCUCAUCAGUGCUGUGCUGUGUCCUUUGUGAUCAGCCAAUCCAGAGACAAACCAGUUCACCUUAAUUUGGAGAACAGUGUUGUGUCUUUUUCAGGGCUGAAGACGAUUCUCAGACAUUCACAAAACCUCAGGGAUUUGUCAACGACUCUCUGCCAAGUGUGGACAACCUCUCUGAAAUGUGAGCAGCAGAGUUAUUUAAUAAACCUCCUUCUUUUGUGUGGAAAUGAAAUUUACCUCCCAAUUACCAUUCAGAAAGCUUUACUUCAACAAGCUGGAGAAAUCAUAACCCAAAGUGCAGAUCCAAUAAUCCUUCAUCUGUGCCGUGAUGAAAACCCACAACAGCUCAGUGAUGCUUUCUGCAGGACCAUUUCCACAUGGCUACCAUCCAUCAGCUCUGUUCAUUUUACUACCAAACAGAAUCAGAGAGAAUCAUUUGAAGAAUGGGAAAAGAGAGUGGCGUUAUUUAAACUGAAUCUGUGUCUGCAAGCAGCUCUUCAUCAAAAAGAAAAUGUCCAGACAACAGUAAAGAUAGUUACCUCAUGUGGAUCUGAUGAGGAGUGUGAUUUCCUGCUGGAUCUGUACUCUCAUGUGAAGCAGUAUGAGACAGAAACAGGCAGGACUGUUCUUCCAGCAUUACUGCCAGUUUACCAGUCAGCUCCUGCAGAGUGGAUCAUAAACCUUUCAGAGAGAAAAGCCUCCCUCCUCCUAGAAGUGCUAAAACUCCAAGCAGAGAAAAAAACAGUGGAACUGAGAGGCUGGUCAGAUGAAGAGAGUGAAGUGAGGAGUUUCCUUCAGUGUCUGCCCUACAUCUUACAACUGAGAUUUGCAGGUACAAAAUAUAUGGAGUUUGUAGUCUGUCUCUUUCAUGAAGCAGCAGAGAGUGAGAGACAGACAGGAGAGAAGACACUGGAGUUGUUAACAUCACUGUGCAUUAACAGCUCUUUUCCAUAUGGAGAUACAAACUACAAACAGAGUGCUUUCCUGCUGGAUCUGUACUCACAUGUGAAACAGUAUGAGACUGAAACAGGCAGGAGUGUUCUUCCAGCAUUAGUGCCAGUUUACCAGUCAAUUCCUGCAGAGUGGAUCAUAAACCUCUCAGAGAGAAAAGCCUCCCUCCUCCUAGAAGUGCUGAAACUCCAAGCAGUGAAGAAACCAGUGAAGCUGAGCGGUUGGUCAGAUGAAGAAAGUGAAGUCAGGAGAUUCUUUCAGUGUCUGCCCUACAUAUCACAACUCAGAUUUGCAGGUACAAAACAUAUUGAGUUUUUGGUAAAUCUCUUCCAUCAAGCAGCAGAGAGUGAGAGACGGACUCGACUGAAGACACUGGAGCUGUUAAUGUCAGUGUGCACUUGCAGCUCUUUACCUCAUGGACAUACAGACAGCUACAUACAGAGUGCUUUCCUGCUGGAUCUGUACUCACACGUGAAGCAAUAUGAGACUGAAACAGGCAGGAAUGUUCUUCCAGCAAUACUGCCAGUUUACCAGUCAGUUCCUGCAGAAUGGAUUGUGAACCUUUCAGAGAGAAAAGCCUCCCUCCUCCUAGAAGUGCUAAAACUCCAAGCAUCGAAGAAACCAGUGAAGCUGAGCGGCUGGUCCGAUGAAGAGAGUGAAGUGAGGAGUUUCCUUCAGUGUCUGCCCUACAUCUCACAUCUCAGGUUUAAUCCAAGAUUUGUGGGUAAGCAACAUGUUAAGCUUAUGGUGAAUCUGUUCCAUCAAGCAGCAGAGUGUGAGAGACAGACUGGAGUGAAGACACUGGAGCUGCUAACAUCAGUGUGCACUUACAGCUGUUUCCCUUAUGGAGGUACAGACAACUACAGACAGAGUGCUUUCCUGCUGGAUCUGUACUCACAUGUGAAGCAGUAUGAGACUGAAACAGGCAGGACUGUUCUUCCAGCAUUAGUACCAGUUUACCAGUCAGCUCCUGCAGAGUGGAUCAUAAACCUCUCAGAGAGAAGAACCUCCCUCUUCUUAGAAGUGCUGAAACUCCAAACAGUGAAGAAACCAGUGGAGCUGUGUGGCUGGUCAGAUGAUGAGAGUGAAGAGAGGAGUUUACUUCAGUGUCUGCCCUACAUCUCACAACUCAGGUUUUCCCUCUAUCGUAAUAAUAAAAAGGUUACUAAGUGUCUGAUUAAUCUGAUCCAUCAAGCAGCAGAGAUUGAGAGACAGACAGGAGAGAAGACACUGGAGCUGUUAACAUCAGUGUGCACUUACUGCUCUUUCCCUCAUGGACAUACACACAGCUACAGACAGAGUGAUUUCCUGCUGGAUCUGUACUCACAUGUGAAGCACUAUGAGACUGAAAAAGGCAGGAGUGUUCUUCCAGCAUUACUGCCAGUUUACCAGUCAGUUCCUGCAGAGUGGAUCAUAAACCUCUCAGAGAGAAAAACCUCCCUCCUCCUAGAAGUGCUGAAACUCCAAACAGUGAAGAAACCAGUGGAGCUGAGAGGCUAUUCAGAUAAAGACAGUGAAGUGAGGAGUUUCCUUCUGUGUCUGCCCUACAUCUCACAACUCAGGUUUUCCCUCCAUGAUAAUCAUAAAGAUGUUACCAGGUUUUUGGUGAAUCUGUUCCAUGAAGCAGCAGAGAGUGAGAGACAGAAAGGAGAGAAGACAGUGGAGCUGUUAACCUCACUGUGCACCUACAGCUCUUUUGCUUAUGCAGACAGUUACAGACAGAGUAUUUUCCUGCUGGAUCUGUACUCACAUGUGAAGCAGUAUGAGACUGAAACAGGCAGGAGUGUUCUUCCAGCAUUAGUGCCAGUUUACCAGUCAGCUCCUGCAGAGUGGAUCAUAAACCUCUCAGAGAGAAAAGCCUCCCUCCUCCUAGAAGUGCUGACACUCCAAACAAAGAAACCAGUGGAGCUGAGAGGCUGCUCAGAUAAAGAGAGUGAAGUGAGAAGUUUCCUUCAGUGUCUGCCCUACAUCUCACAACUCAGGUUUUCCUUUUAUAAUAAUAAUGAAGAGAGUGCUGCAUUUCUGGUGAAUCUGUUCCAUGAAGCAGCAGAGAGUGAAAGAAAGACAGGAGAGAAGUCACUGGAUCUGUUAACGUCACUGUGCACUUACAACUCUUUCCCUUAUGGAUAUACAAACAACUGCAGACAGAGUGACUUUCUGCUGGAUCUGUACUCACAUAUGAAGCCUUGUAAAACAGGCACAUAUGAAACAGGCAAGAGUGUUCUUUCAGCAUUACUGCCAGUUUACCAGUCAGUUCCUGCAGAGUGGAUCAUAAACCUCUCAGAGAGGAAAGCCUCCCUCCUCCUAGAAGUGCUGAAACUCCAAACAGUGAAGAAACCGGUGGAGUUGUGGGGCUGGUCAGACCAAGAGAGUGAAGUGAGGAGUUUCCUUCGGUGUCUACCCUACAUCUCACAACUCAGGUUUUCCCUCCAUGAUAAUAAUACAAAGGUUACAAAGUUUGUGGUGAUUCUCUUCUGUCAAGCAGCAGAGAUUGAGAGACAGACAGGAGAGAAGACACUGGAGCUGUUAACAUCACUGUGCACCCACAGCUGUUUCCCUUAUAUGUAUACACACAGCUCCAUAAAGAGUGCUUUCUUGCUGGAUCUGUACUCGCAUGAGAAGCACUAUGAGACUGAAACAGGCAGGAAUAUUCUUCCAGCAUUACUGCCAGUUUACCAGUCAGUUCCUGCAGAGUGGAUCAUAAACCUCUCAGAGAGAAGAACCUCCCUCCUCCUAGAAGUGCUGAAACUCCAAACAGUGAAGAAACCAGUGGAGCUGAGAGGCUAUUCAGAUAAAGACAGUGAAGUGAGGAGUUUCCUUCUGUGUCUGCCCUACAUCUCACAACUCAGGUUUUCCCUCCAUGAUAAUAAUGAAGAUGUUAUCAGGUUUUUGGUGAAUCUGUUCCAUGAAGCAGCAAAGAGUGAGAGACAGACAGGAGCGAAGACAGUGGAGCUGUUAACCUCACUGUGCACCUACAGCUCUUUCCCUUGUGGAGACGCAGACAGCUACAGACAGAGUGUUUUCCUGCUGGAUCUGUACUCACAUGUGAAGCAGCAUGAGACUGAAACAGGCAGGAGUGUUCUUCCAGCAUUAGUGCCAGUUUACCAGUCAGCUCCUGCAGAGUGGAUCAUAAACCUCUCAGAGAGAAGAACCUCCCUCCUACCAGAAGUGCUGAAACUCCAAACAGUGAAGAAACCAGUGGAGCUGAGAAGCUUCUCAGAUAAAGACAGUGAAGUGAGGAGUUUCCUUCUGUGUCUGCCCUACAUCUCACAACUCAGGUUUUCCCUCAAUGGUAAUAAUAAAGAAGUUGCCAAGUUUCUGGUGAAUCUGAUUCAUCAAGCAGCAGAGAGUGAGAGACGGAUGCGACUGAAGACACUGGAGCUGUUAACAUCAGUGUGCACUUACAGCUCUUUCCCUAGACAUACACUCAGCUACAUACAGAGUGAUUUCCUGCUGGAUCUGUACUCGCAUGUGAAGCAGUAUGAGACUGAAACAGGCAGGAAUGUUCUUCCAGCAUUACUGCCAGUUUACCAGUCAGCUCCUGCAAUAUGGUUCCUAGACCUCUCAGAGAGAAAAGCCUCCCUCCUUCUAGAAGUACUGAAACUACAAACAGAGAAGAAACCAGUGGAGCUGUGGGGCUGGUCCGAUGAAGAGAGUGAAGUGAGGAGUUUCCUUCAAUGUCUGCCCUACAUCUCACAACUCAGAUAUGCAGAAUCCUUUAUCCCAUGUUUAAGUGAACUAGUUGUUAAGUAUACAGAAGAGACGGAAUUGUUGACUGCUUUACUUGCUGCUAUGGACUCUACCUUCAUAGUAAAUGGAGUUUUACUGAGUAAGAAGUGCAGAGCUGUGGGGAGAGCACUGGGGCUCUCACCCUCCCAACUCAACCUCACUCUAAAGCCCCGAGCCAUCUCUCUCAGAGGAGCCGUGCUUCUCUUCAGACACAUUACACACCUACAUAAACUCUGUCUGAAUGACAGUGUGGUAGGAAGAAUGGCCCAAGCAUUUCGAGCAGAAAGAGCUUGCGUUCCAUUGGUCAUCGAGGAGCUGUCUGUGGUUCUGACGAGAGUUUGGUCAACUCAGAAGCUCUCCAGGAUCCUGAGCAGCUUGGCUUCCCUCCUGAACAUCUGGACAGUUCAGUGUCUGAACCUCACUGAGUGUGAGAUGGAGGCUCAUUCUCUCAUUGGCCUCAUGUGUCAUCCUGGUUCUCUGACUAUCAGGUUGUCUAAAGAGACUCUCCAGCAGUUUGCUGUUUUGGUGUAUGAAGUAAAGGAUAGGACGCUAACCUGCUUCUUCCUAGAAAAGUUGAGAGGAGACCUGACUUCCUGUUCUCUCAGCUGGGAGGAGCUUAUUUAUUUUGUCCAACAAGGAGGUUGUUGUGUUACUGUGAAUGUCAUGAAGAGGAGUAUUACUUAUAAACAUGCCAGGGAGCUUCUGCCUUUCCUUGAUAAGGUUCAUUUCAAAAGGCUGCGCUCCAGCGUUGUGCUGUCCAUCAUCAGAGAGAUAUAUGAGACUGGCUCAGCUCACUGUGUGUCCAGCCUCUUGAGUUCAAUAAAGAAUUGUAUCAACCUGAACAGUAGAGAGCUGGACUCUUUCCACUGUGCUGCCCUGCGCUUCACCCUUCAGCGCUGCACAGCUGUCUCUCUCAGCCUGCUGUGGACCUCCAUACCAGAGAGGGAGUUGGAGAGCAUUCUGCCAGUGCUCAAUAGAGUUUCCCAUCUCAGUGUUGACAGGCUCCUGUUGCUGAAGCUGCUCCACUGCUGCAGCGUCUCUGAGCUCCAGAAGGAGGCAGCAACAACAGUGCUCUCUUCUCUGCAGAACAGACUGGACUUCUCGUGCCGGGCCUGUCUGGACCUAACUACACAAACAGAGAACACCACUCUACAUCUGACCACUGAGGACUGUAGAGUCAUCAGCACUGUCAUUCUGAAAGCCCCGAAGCACAUAGAGCUUAUUCUAGAGGACUGUGAGAUAGAGGAUGCUGGAGUGGAUGUCCUCUUCUCUGCCUUGUGCAUGGUCAGACUACGCUGCAGUAAAGCUCUGCUGCUUCAGUUCCUGGCUCUUGUCCAGGUGGGGACUGAGCGAAUGUUUCGCGCUGUAGCUCUCUCUCAGGCCCUGGAUGGAGAGGUGGAUCUCAGUGAGGCUCACCUGGACCUACAGGCCUGCAGAUCACUGGCGCUGUUUCUGGAAUACACUGAUGACUUGUCAGAACUGGACCUCAGCCACUGCCGGCUGACUAACCACUGCCUGGAACUGCUUCUCCCACACCUGCACAAAGUCAACAUGCUUGAUCUGAGUCACAAUGACAUCAGUGACAGUUUAGCAAGAAGAAUAUUUAGCAUCGUCUCCAGUAGCUGUAAUAUACAGAUAGUUCGGCUUUUCAACAUCAGAAUCACAGAUAAAAAGCCCUUUCUAAAAGAUAAACGCUUUGAGAUCUGGUGACCAUUGUCAACCAGUAUACUCUGCACAGAUCACAAGAGAUGCACUGACAGAUUUUCAAAUUUUUCCAUUUUAAGGACCUCAGGUAUUCCUCCUGAGGUGCAAAAGUUUUCACCCUUUCCUGAACCAAGACGUGCUUCACAUUCUUCCCCUACCUUUGCUCCUUCCUUCUUCACUUCCCUCCUUCACCAUCUUCCCUUCUGCUUGCUCCCUCCCCUGACCCCUAGUAUCUCUGCUUAAACCAUGUCAGACUAAGUGUUCAUUGGACUGAUAAAGACCAUGCUGUGCGUGAAUCCCAGCAUGUACUUGAAUAAAAUUCAGAAUCUGA